GUUUGCAGUUUAUGAAUGGUUACUGAAAGGAAAGAAUUAUAAGCCUACAGACCAUUAUGAAAGUGACAUAACUAAAUACUAUUCAAUUUGUCAUAAUCACUGGAACUAUUACGAAAGAAUUCUAUUACCAGCAGUGGUUAAAGAAAGACUUGCUCAACAAAGUCUAAAGCUCCAUGUGAGUGAGUUGAGGGAGGGAGGGAGCUUAGGCAUAGCCAGGUAGUGUUAGUGCAGAGACAGCUCACCACCGCGUUCUCUCUCGCUUACUCUUUUCCCUUUGCUUCUCGACCAACAUUCACUUCGGUACCAGAUCCUGAGCGGUGGCCAAACAAGAAAGCUUGCUGCUGAAAACAAACAUGGAUUCUUCCUGCUUUAGAUCUCUAUCCAAAUUUACAGCAUGUGCCAUUGUGGUGCUACUUUCCCUUUCUUGCUUCAGCUUUACCACGACAGAAGCUUAUGAUGCACUUGAUCCAAACGGGAACAUCACGAUCAAAUGGGACGUUAUGGCUUGGACGCCAGAUGGCUAUGUGGCUGUUGUCACAAUGUUCAACUUCCAGCAAUAUCGGCGCAUUCAGGCACCAGGUUGGACUUUGGGAUGGACAUGGGCAAAGAGAGAAGUCAUAUGGAAUAUGGUGGGAGCCCAAACUACAGAGCAAGGUGAUUGUUCAAGAUUCAAAGGGAACAUACCACAUUGCUGUAAGAAAGACCCAACGGUAGUUGACUUGCUUCCUGGAACGCCUUACAACCAACAAAUAGCAAAUUGCUGCAAGGGAGGUGUGCUGAACCCAUGGGUUCAAGAUCCAGCAACUGCUGUCAGUGCUUUCCAAAUUAGUGUUGGUUCUUCAGGAACAACCAACAAGACAGUUAGGAUGCCUAAAAACUUCACUUUAAAAGCACCUGGACCUGGAUAUACUUGUGGACCAGCUAAAGUUGGUAAACCUACGAAAUUUUCCACCGCAGAUGGAAGGAGGACAACACAGGCAAUGAUGACAUGGAACGUUACGUGUCGGAACUGGGAAAGCAGGAGUUUGAAUCAUCAAGUAAAAGGCUAAUGAGUCUGGAGCAGAAUGGCGGUGUUGGUGUCAUUCCAGUAACCAAGAAUUCUGAAAUUAAUUUGGGAGUGUUUGGAUAUCAAAAUUAUUUCAAAUAAUAUUUUGCUUGUAUCACAAACACAUUUUUCAACUUACCUUUUUAUAUUUCCAAUCA